GAAAACCACUUCAAAUAUGAAAUUGUACAACCAAAAUACGGACAUUAGCAAAACAUGUGAUACCAAUGGUGAUGAUGAAAAUUCGACUGAUCUUGAUGCUGAUACACUUAUGUCAAGCGACUUUGUCUUUGAAUCUGAUGAUGCUUUUGAAUCGCCAUUAGCCGAUGGGAAUCAGACAUGGAAUAGGAUAACGAACCAAAUUAAGUUAUCAACAGAAGACUCCUUUGCUUUAUGGCUGAUCUUUCGAAUUUUUAUCCCCUGCCUUCGCAAAAUUGCAAUGCUGGUGAUUAACAUUUUAAAGAUCUGGUUUCCGUCUUUAGUGUCGCUGAUGGAAAGGAAAGAAAAGGCAGAAUAUGCAACCAGGACGAGGAAGGGAUAUAAAAUGAGCUUUGAAAGUUCUCUUCAGGAAGAGUACCCAGACAAAAAGUUUGUGAGAUUUCGAUUACAGAACAAAGUUUUUAUAGAACAUAAAGAUUUUUUCAAUCUGAACGAUUGGGAAAAUUUGCUCUGCACUGAUAAAUCGAAAGCGCAUUGCAAGAAGGUAUAUGGCCAUGAAAAAUACAAAUUUCAAACUUUUGAAAGUCAAUUGCUGGCAAAAGACGGGUUCUACAAAGAAUACUUUGAAGCAUGGUGGGAAUGUUUUCAACAGAGUUCAUUCUGUUUUGCAUCUGAAAAUCGGAUCAUAUAUGUAUUUAUGCUGUCUGCCAAUGAAUUGCGAAAUACAAAAUCUAAUAAAGAAACCUUACAAACUAACAAACAAGAUGCAGAACAAGGUUAUGAGGAAAGGAAUACUGCUUGUAAAAGCCCUUUUGGGCCUUUAUGUUGGAAUCGAUUUCCAACUGAUGAGGAUGAGAAGGCUGUUCAAGCGUUAGAGAGUAGAAAUAUGAAUGAACUAGCAUUUCAAGGCAAGACACAUGCUGAAUCUGAAACAAGCACAGGUAUGCCUGCCCUUAAGAUGAAUCCCACUACCUUGCAAUUGCUGAAUUUACUGAAUGAAAUGGAAUUUCCAGUUGAAAAUCUGGUUAUCAAUUUAACAGCAGAACAAUUUCACGAAUCAUACGAAGAAUUUCAAGCAGGUGACAGAUGUAAUAUCUCUUUGGAGAAUGAUUUUAUGUCCCAAGAUAUCUUGAAACAAAUUACCACAAAUGACGAGAUAGAGAAAGUGAGGCAUAUUCUACAGCUUCUUCAAAAUCAAAAUGGAGUUCCUAUGAAUUCACAAGAAAUAAAUGUUUGCAAUCCUGGCAAUCCCUUCCACAGAUUUGUAGAAAUUGGUUCAAGAGAAGACUUGAAGCCAUUUUUAUCAAGAAUUAAGGAAAAUAGCAGUUUGUCGGACCACUGUGGAAUUGCUUUCAAAGACACGCUAAUGGAUCCUAUUGCAAGAACAUCAAAAUCAUUUCUGCAGAACCAUCAGUACACAGUAGUAAGAGAGCUUGGAAAAGGGGCAUUUGGCCAAGUUUUGCUUUGCAAAUCAAUGGAAAGGAAUGAGCUUUUUGCAAUGAAAAAGAUCAAAAGAACACAUUUUCGGGAGGAGGAGGUUACCAUUCCUGUAUUACAACUUCAAGGGUAUGCAAAGGCGUUAAAAAUAUAUGGAAUAGUUGUUGAAGAUGAAUUCAUCAAUAUUAUUAUGGAAUAUGCUGAAGGCGAGUCUUUGAAAAAACGAAGAAAUCCUACAAAAAAUACGUUUCUGGAAUCAGUCAGCAUAUUCUUUCAACUCCUCAAGGCAUUGAAAGAAUUGCAUGGAUAUGGAGUCGCACAUUUUGACAUUAAAGAGGACAAUGUUGCUUUAAAAGGGAAACCUGAAUCUGUGGUUUUCAUCGACUGGGGGUCUGCAAAAUACAUUGGAAAAAAUUAUUGGAAAUACAACGACGGUACAAGAAGAUUUUAUCCACCCGAGACACUGAGGAAUAAACCUGAAUUAAUCGACCUAGAGGCUCAUGAUGUAUGGACCCUUGGGUGUACCAUGCUGUCCCACUUCCUCAGAAGAUUUGUUUUUGAGAAAUAUUGGACCCAAAGUAAAGAAAAUAGACAAUGUUUUGUCGAGGCAUUAGAGGAAGGAACUAUUGUAGAAGAGGAACUACAGUUGCUGGAGAAUUCAACUCAUUCUUUGGUUCCAAUGUUGAAAGAUUUGUUGAAACAGAUGCUACAUCCAGAUGUUACUAAGAGAAUAACUGUUUCUGCAGCAAUACAGCAUGGAGUUUUUGAAAGUGUGUAUAAUGUACCUUAGGUUAUCAAUAAACAUUACAUUGAUA